AUAUCUUGGAUCCAACACCCUCCCACGGGUUCUCUUCCCCGCCACUUUCUCUACCUAUCUGUUAGGUUCCCGAGAAAACGGUGCGAAAUUAACGGCAAAGCAAGUGAAUACUCCCAAGAAAUGCAAGCAUUAUAACUAAAAUAACUCCAUCUCUCUACUCGGCAGCUUCGAGUGAAAGUUCCUCUUUACGGUUUACAGUUAUACGACACUCUCUCUCUUUUUUCUUUUCUCAUUCAUCCCAAACAAAGACACUAUCUCUUUCUGAGGAAAGUUUCUGAUUUUCUUUGUAACCAAACAAAGGUUUGAAAAUUGUUUACCAUUUCCAACUUCUCUUUGAGAGCAGUGAGAGAAUGGCGAUUUCGUCGAUUCAAGUCUUCCGUAGCCUUAGGCCUCCUAAUGCAUCUUCUACUGCAACAGCGGCUUCGUCGCUGCGAAAUUCUCAAACCCUUUCAGCUUCUUUGCGAGUUUCCUUUGGGUUUCGGAGCUCAGUGGACUUCAAUUCGUGCGGCUUGAAGGGUUGCUUUGUACCGUCUAGCGCUCGGUCCCGUGCUUGGGCCAUGGCGAGAGAGAGAGAAGAGAGAACUGAGGAUUACCCUCUAGCGGGUGAUUCCGUGGAUGCUGUAGAUGAUAAGCAGGUUGUAAACACACCCCAGGAGUUUCUGGAGCGAGACUUUGCUGGCACUCCUUAUGUUCCUGUAUUUGUGAUGCUACCCCUGGACAUCAUUAAUAUGAAUUGCGAGUUGGUUGAUCCAGAAGGUCUUCUCAAUCAGCUAAGAAUCUUGAAGUCAAUCAAUGUUGAUGGGGUUAUGGUUGAUUGCUGGUGGGGAAUCGUAGAGGCACAUGCUCCACAGGUAUAUAAUUGGAGUGGCUACAAAAGGCUCUUUCAGAUUGUGCGUGACCUUAAGCUCAAAUUGCAGGUUGUAACGUCUUUUCAUGAAUGUGGGGGUAAUGUCGGUGAUGAUGUACAUAUUCCGCUCCCCCGCUGGGUGUCCGAAAUUGGUCAAAGCAAUCCUGACAUAUAUUUCACUAAUAGAGAAGGAAAGCACAAUUCUGAAUGCCUCUCAUGGGGAAUUGAUAAGGAACGGGUCUUAAAAGGCCGGACUGCUGUUGAGGUUUACUUUGAUUACAUGAGAAGCUUUCGGGUUGAAUUUGAUGAGUUUUUUGAGGAUGGAAUCAUCUCUGAGAUUGAAGUUGGACUAGGACCAUGUGGAGAGCUACGAUAUCCUUCUUAUCCUGCAAAGCAUGGUUGGAGAUAUCCCGGUAUUGGUGAAUUCCAGUCCUAUGAUAAGUACUUGAUGAAGAGUCUUACAAAAGCAGCAGAAGCAAGAGGGCAUUCAUCUUGGGCCAGAGGACCAGAUAACGCAGGUUCUUAUAAUUCCACACCCCAUGAGACUGGGUUCUUUUGCGAUGGAGGUGAAUAUGAUAGCUAUUAUGGCAGAUUCUUCCUUAACUGGUACUCUCGAGUAUUGGUUGAUCAUGGCGAACGUGUACUUGGUCUAGCCAAUUUAGCUUUUGAAGGCACUUGCAUUGCUGCAAAGGUAUCAGGUAUACAUUGGUGGUACAAGACAGCCAGUCAUGCUGCUGAGCUGACUGCUGGUUUUUACAACCCCUCAAAUCGUGAUGGUUAUGCUCCAAUUGCGGCAAUGUUAAAAAAGCACGGGGCUGCUCUUAACUUCACAUGUGUUGAAUUGCGCACAUUAGAUCAGCACGAGGAUUUUCCAGAAGCACUGGCAGACCCAGAGGGAUUAGUUUGGCAGGUGCUGAAUGCUGCGUGGGAUGUUUGCAUUCCAGUAGCUAGUGAGAAUGCUCUUUCUUGCCAUGAUAGAGAAGGCUACAAUAAGAUCCUGGAAAAUGCCAAACCCCUGACUGAUCCAGAUGGAAGACAUUUAUCUGCUUUUACCUACCUCAGGCUCAGCCCAGUCCUCAUGGAGAGACACAACUUCAUGGAGUUUGAGCGAUUUGUGAAGAGAAUGCAUGGGGAAGCAGUUUCUGAUCUUCAAGUUAAUCCAAACAAAAAGCACACCAAAGUUCAGGAUACAGAUGGCCAAGUUGCUGCUUAGGUUAAAGAUAUGGAUAUAUUUCACACUUCUUUACAUGGUUUGAUGCUGUAUUACCGAAAGGAAAAAAAAAACUAUGUACUAUUAGUGUUAACUCAUCUCUA